CGCCGGCGGCUGGGAUCCCACCUCUAUGACGGGACGAGCCCGCGCCGUCGCGAAAACAGCACCCUAGUCUCCAUCUCCAUCCCCAUCCCCAUCCACACCGAGUCUUCGCCUUGGGCCACCUCCCCAAUCCUGGCGUGAACAGCAGCAGGAUGAAUGUUCAGAAUGCAGCUGCAUCCGUCAGGGUCUCCGGGCCGCCGAAUAGCAGCUUCCUAGUGGGCUAUCCAGGCAUCUCUGCGACAUUACCAAGGAUAGAAGGCAGAGUCGAGAUACGACCGUCGUCAGGGAUAUCCGCGCCAGUCAACGUGUCGCUCGUGCGCAUAUGUCUCCAGCGCCGCGAGACGAUACACCCAGCCGCCGAGAAUGUAGCCAAGCGCCACCUGGGCACGCCGAGGAGAGAGACGACCGAUGUCGUGGGCAAAGAGCUCCUGUUAUUUCGGUGUACGAGCGGCAGGGAGUCCGACAGCGUCAUCGCCAUGGACCUCCCCUUCGUGUUGUUCAUUCCCUUCGGCAGGGGCGGCGAGGAGUCGAACCGUCGGAUACCGCCCGCGAGCCUACAGCUACCCAGCCGCAUCGCCGAAACCUAUUACGAGCUCGUUGUCACAGUACAGCAAGGCGCGAGCGUCCAGAAUAAAUAUGCCUUUCCGAUACCCCUCCAGCGCUACGACACCCUCUCCACCUUCGGCAUGUAUAAUCGUCCCGAAACCAAGGCCGUUACAGUCGACAACCUCGUUACCUUAGCAAUGUCGCUCCCGCGGUGGAGUUACGGACCGCUGGACCCAAUUGCUGUGUACCUCAAGUUGACUCCGAACCCCGACUGGAUGACCAAGGCAAAAAGGGUGACCAUACAGAAGAUCACGUUGAGCAUCGAAGAAGAGAUUACCUUUAACCCCGAGGGUGACGAGCCGACGAAGAAGAUCAACAAGAUUGCGAAACACACACAACCCGUAGGGACCAAGCUUCCUGAGUCGGGAUACGUGGCGCAUCUGGGGCUCGUCUUCCCAUCCAAGGAUUUAAGAGACCCCGAGGGGAUAAUAAAGAGGGGCAAGCCUGCGUUUCCCAUGUACCAGGUUACCAGCUUCACAACGACGUCGACGCUCUACAAGAUUGAGUUUUACUUGAACAUCAAGGCGCAUAUGGCUUCGGCCCGUGACAUCACGCUCCGCCAACUCAUUGUUAUCUGUCCGAUGGACCAGCAAGCCUGUAAGGAGGAAAUGGACGCCAUCGAACAGGCAGCGACGGAUGCUUCCCACGUGGACCCGAACAACCCCAUGCUCCCGGCUCGAAGGAUCGUGUAUGCGGGUGAAAAGGAUGCUAUUCGACAUCUGGGCUUCUGUGAAGUUGGAGGAGCGAAGAAGAUGCUCAUCGAGUAGCCUGCGCUGCAGAGGAAGAAGGAUGAAAGGAGAUUCAACGCCGCUAAAGAGCCGACCGAGUCGUCGAGUGCCGAGGAAUAGGAGCCAGCGGCCCGGUUCGGAGCGGAUGAAACCCGAUGACCACGGAGAAGGACCUUGGUCUCGAAGCGUUUCCCGAAGCGCGGCGGCAUAGCCUUGCCCGAGAGACGGAGCUGCCAUGGGAUGACGAGGGCUUAUUCGGCUUACGCUCGCCCGCCCAUUCUCUG